AUGGCCCUUGAGUACCGCAACACCUUCAUUGCCGUGAAGGAGGAGUUCGGGGAGGCAGCGCGUGCUGCACGUGCCCAGAGCUCGCCACCGGGCCGCACACGCCGCAGCAGCUUCAGCAUGGAGUCGCAAGACCAAGAGGAGGCGCGCAGCUACGUAAGCAGCCUUGCACAGAAUGCCGCCCAGCUUGGGAAGCCAGGGGUGCCCCAAGUUCUGGAGGAUUCCGAAACUUCUCCGGUGACUCCCGCCAUGGACGUCCAUGCAGCCUUGACUGCACCCAGCUUGGGGAGUAGGGGCCACCCGGACGUGUGCCGCCGCCCUUGCAUCUACUUCACGACCGGCCAUUGUGGGAAUGGCCAGGCUUGUGCCUACUGCCACCUCACCCACGAGAAGUCGAUGCCCAAGCUUGACAAGCGCCAGCGGAUCUUGGUGCAGCACCUCAGUCGCCCGCAGCUGAUGUCCAUGGCCCUCCACUUCUGCCGCACCCAGGCCGAGCAGCGCGGUUUCACGGACCAGGUGCAGGAGAUCCUUGCGCUCCUCGAGGCGGGGGCAAGCGGCUCAGCAAGCUCUGCGGAGUCGGGGGAUGCCGUGACGGACCGUGACAUCCGCAACUUGCGCAAGACGCUUGCCCGGAUGAGCUUUUCCAGCCUGAUCGGCUUGGUGGCGCACCUGCCGCCCAAGCAAACCGGGGCCGAGCAUGAGGCGCAAGUCUCCGCUCGCCUGCUGGCAGCCUUGGAGGACCUUCGCUUGCAGCUCCCUGUCUCGGAGGAGACGGUGUAG